UGUGUGUGUGUGUUGUAGUAGUGUAUGAAAAUAGAAAGUUUUUCGUUUGGUCGUUUGUGUCAUGAUUGUGUGUGAUGAUGACUGAUGUGUCUACAGUGAUCGUUUGUGCAUGUGCAGCAUGUGCAAAGUCUGUGUCUGUGAUAUGAAAAUACUGACAAGUAACGAAUGAAUUAUUAUUUCAGCUUGUUCAUCGUGAAUGAUUCGAACUUCCCAGUCGUGUAAAGAAAUCUGUCUUCGUCAGUGUUUGUAACCGAAUAUACGAGUAAUAUUAAAAGUCGAUCCAGAUCGUUAUUUACAUUCUUCGAUUACUCAAAAUGGAUUCAACCUCGCCAGAUGGACAAAGCCUUCGAUCGUUGUUCAAUGGACACCCACCGAAGUUGAAAAGAAUCUGCUCCUUGAACAUAGCGUUAUCAUUAUGGAAACAUGUCUUAUUUCGCGAUAAAGUAACCGAAAAGGUUGGUGUACGGUUGCGAUCUACUACCAGAAAGAACAAAGACGGCGAGCUGGUUGGCGAUCUUAAUACCACAUUUUUCAUCGACGUAAAGAACUCAUUGGAUGCCUUACAGUUGCCCAGAUCAGUUGCAGAAUGUAUCCAGAAAUCGUGCCAACAAGUCGGAAAAGAAAUGAACGAAUGGAAAGAUCACAUGGCGUACGAAAUACUGUAUUCGGUUAACCUUAACAUGUUCCGUUCUCAUUUGAAAUGCUGCUCGUGGUAUUCGAACGGUACGAUCGAUUAUAGAAAAAGUGCUCGAAAAUUCGUAUCGAUCGCUGACAUCGAUAAAACUCAAAAAUUUGAAAUCGCUUCCCAUUUCUCUUUGAAAGAUGUACUGAUCGAUUUAUGCGAAUCUCCGGAUGCGGGCCUCUUACAGUUGAUGAAAAAUUUCACCAAGAAAGUCCAAUUCUAUACCAGACCUCUGGUUUAUUAUUGGUUGUGUACAUUGACCAAGCAAAUGAAUAAAUUACCGACGCUUCGAAACGCUACUUCUGUAGAGGAGGUAAUGCUUACACGUUCCGGUGUCAAGUAUUACUGGUGGUCGAUCGAAUACUUUUUCCGACGUUUAAGCAAUCAAAAUAAAAUAGAAAUCGCUAUCCAACUCAUUCAAUCAAAUUCAUCACUCCGUGAAGUGCAUCCGAAAAAAUUAGCGGUAACGAUGAACGAGAAUCAGCUCACUACGAUGCUGUCUUCCAUUCCGGUCGAUUUUAUAUGCAAAUUGAUGGAAUAUCGCGACCCACAGUUGGCAUUGUCAGUAUGGACUCAUGUCAAGGAUUGGAUCGACGACGAGCAAUUUAUUAUUCUGAUAGAAGAUUUGAUGAAAAAUGCUGACCGUGAAGAUCGUCAAACGCGCAGUAUUUGGUUAAUGAAUAUUUGGAAUUCAGCUUACGAUCACCAGAAAAAUGCUUUCUUGAGCCAAGAUAAAGGCGUAAUUAUCCAGAAAUUUUUCAAUGAAUGGUACGCCGAAUUUUCGACUUCGGUUUUGUCGUAUGCUUCGGCAGAACGCAGAAAAGAAUUGUUUUUAGAACACGGAGUUUAUCUGGUACUAUAUGCAAGAUAUCAUCUCGACUACAUUAGUGAAGUUCUCCGCGUUCAUCUACCGAAUCCGAGCGAUGCUGAUUUACAAGAAUUUAUAGAAACUAUAUUGAGUCGACUUACAAUAAAUUUUUGGACCAGUAAAUAUAAUCAAACAUGCUGCGCUGAAUUCUUGAAAUUGUAUUUUCCUAAAAAUUACGAAACUUUGAUGAAAAAUUCGAAUUUUUUACCUUUGUUCGAUCGAAAUUGCGUUUCAAUUUCAAUGUCUCGUUAUCGUCGUCGUUGGAGCCUCACCUGAACGCGCAGUUGGCGAUUUUACUGAAUUUACUUUAGUUACUGUAUGGUAUUUGUGUAUUUUAUUAAUUAUAAGAUAGAUGUAUUUUUUUAUGUAGAUGUGUAAGAUACGAAGAUUUAUUCGAAAAUAUGACCUGUAAAAAUGAAAUUAUUUGUUU